AUGUCUUUCGUUUUUCGCGUUUUGUUUUUGUAUAUACUUUGAACGGGACACAAUUAUUGAAAAUAAGGCCAUGUAUAUAGUAUAUUAUUGUUAAAGUACGUACCCUAUCGAAGCCGAAUAAGGAUUUUAAUAAGAUUGGGUGUAAAUAACUGAACGCCGAUUGUCAUGUAACGUUAACAGCGAGCAAGUAAAAUACAAAUAGAGUAAAACGUUUUUCUUUGGAAAUAUCAGACACCAAGGCAUACCCGGGGUUAAGUCAUUCUUCACUCUCCCUGUUUUGUUACUACCAAGCCCGGUUCUGUUAAAAUAAUUAGAUCAUGCGUAAGGAAAAUGAUGUAGGCACACAAAAUGCUAAAAAAGUUAACAACAAAGAUCAUAAAUUAAAUGGAACUGCAAAUGAAACUAGAAAUAAAUCAGUAUGUUUACUCAACAAAAAAGAUGACAGAGAAUAUGACCUUGUUCCGCCUGAUGGCGGUUGGGGCUGGCUUGUGCUGUUAGGUUCGUGCUUGACAAACAUUCUUAUCCCUGGUACCAUUAAAAGUUUUGGAGUAUUAUUUUCGGAGUUUACCGAAGCUUUCAACUCUUCGCCCACAAAGGCCUCCUGGAUACCGGCGCUGUGCUAUUUUCUUUAUAGUUCGUUGGGUCCCGUUUCCAGCAUAUUGUCUGUGAAGUACUCGUAUCGUACAGUCACCCUUCUUGGUGGGGCCUCUGCUUCGUUGGGAAUGAUACUCUCCUUCUGGGCAUCAUCAAUUGAGUACUUGUAUGUCAGCUAUGGCGUUUUGGUAGGAAUUGGUGCUGGGCUCUCUUUUCCACCCACAGUCUACAUCGUAACGUCGUACUUUGCAAAGCUUCGCGGCUUGGCUAACGGCCUGUGCAUCUCUGGCAGCGCGUUGGGCAGCAUUAUUCUACCGCCCCUCCUACGCUGGCUACUUGAGACCUACGGCUAUCACGGCUCCUGUCUUAUCAUGGGCGGCAUUACCCUGAACGUAUUUGUAGCUGCUCUUUUCUAUGAGCCUGUUGAGCAGCACAUGGUACGAGUGCGACGUACACGGCAGGCUUUAGAGGACAUUCCCGAAGAGGAAGACAUUGGCAUUGUGAUGAAGUUCGAAAAUGUAGACGUGUCUACAACAAAUAUCGAGCAAGCGGAUAAGCAGUUGUUACCUUACAACUCCCCUCCAUCGCCACUGUAUCUACCCGAUGAUGAAAAGCUACAGUUUGUACGGAGUGCUUCCGCAGCGGUUGUCCAAAGCUACUCAAAACCUGGAGAAGAGUUUCAGUCUCGAUCUCGAAAGAUUAGUACACUGUGAGGUUACCCCAACGCAAUCAGACAUUUACACCUGGACAAUUAAAUUCGCAGUCUUCUUUGUACGCUGUACCCGAGGACCACUCAAGCUCGAAUAAGCUUACUUUAAGGAAUUUGUCAAAGUCGCGGCUAUCUAAACGCUCGCCUUCAACCAGCAGUUUUUUAUACGUCAGCACACCAUAUCACGGCAGCACAUUGUCCUUCCAGCCGAAGGAAUUCUCCUCGAACUUGUCCCUUCGGUGAGUCACAAGUUGUGGAACUGGCGUUGCAGGCGGUUCGACCGGGCCAGAUAAAUCACAGACUGAUGUCGAAACCAGGGGCAAAGCGCUAGCCUCAGCACGGUCGAAGUUUUUCGAUUUAAGCCUCUUAACAGACCCGAUGUACUUGGUCAUAUUAAUGUCGAAUUCGACGAAUGCCAUCAGUUACACUAACUUUAUUAUUUUGCUUCCCAGUUUUGGAGAAGCCAGGGGCUUUAACAAAUCAUUAUCUGCGUAUCUGCUUUCAAUUGUCUCUGCCACUGAUCUAAUUGGACGUAUUGGAGGAUCAGCACUUUCGGACAUGGGAUACAUACCUAAGACCUGGUACUUCGUUGGCGGCUUGUCAAUAUCAGGUCUUUCCCUUGCGCUUCUACCCUUUGCAUGGUCUUACAGUUCGGUAUGCUUCUGGUGCGCAGUUUUUGGCCUCGCUUCUGGAAUCUACGUGGGAAUUACUGCCGUUAUCAUGGCAGACAUGCUAGGAACAGAACGAUUAACGUCAUCCUAUGGCAUAAGUCUGUUCGUUAAUGGCUUGCUUCAGUUGGUUGGGCCUCCACUGGUUCGAGGCGGUCAAUGAUUAUAAUCCUCUCUUCCACGCUCUUGGCUUCACGCCUUUGGCCGGAGCCAGUCUUUGGAGCUUUAUGCCUUGGAUUAAUCGACGCAAAGCCAAAACGGAGGAGAAAUUAGAAGCACAAAGCCACUAAUCGGCGAAAAACUAUCGUAUCACACGACGUACAAUAACAAUUAGAUUUUAGGCUAUAAAAUGCGUACAAACACAGUUAGAUAAGUGUGCAUACGGUAAACGGCCAAAACUAUGGCAGCGCAAUACAAUUUUAGAAACUGUCCAAAGCCACUAAUCGGCGAAAAACUAUCGUAUCACACGACGUACAAUAACAAUUACAUUUUAGGCUAUAAAAUGCGUACAAACACAGUUAGAUAAGUGUGCAUACGGUAAACGGCCAAAACUAUGGCAGCGCAAUACAAUUUUAGAAACUGUUAAUUUGUUUCUUUCAUCUGCUUUUUUUGUUACUGUUUAAUCGUAACUAUUACAUUGUAUAGUACUACAAUUAAUGUUUACCAGUACUAGAAUAGCCUAAGUCGCAUACAUUAAAAUGAAUGAGAGUUAAUUAAAAGUAA